AAAGUGGCCAGCGCUAUUGCAGGCGCUGGACGGACGCAUCACUCGCGAAUUGUGCAGUGCGUGAAGCCACGGCACCGCUGCGCAGCGCCGCGAUCGAAAAACGAGGCCGCGGCCGCCUACGCGCCGCCCCUCCAGCAUCUGGCCAGCACCUCCACUGACCACUCACGCCGACUCACGCCGACUCACGCCGACGCCGCCGACGCGCGCCGUCACGAAUGGCGGACCUCCUCGCGAACGCCUUCGGCGCGAUCAAUCUGGAUCUCGCGCCGCGCGUCUCGGUCGUCGUACCGACGCGCGGCACGAAACCGGAGCAGCUCGACCGCGCCCUGCGUUCGGUAUUAGCGCAGACGCUGCCUCCCUACGAGAUUAUUGUUGUCGUCGACGGCGACGCUCAAAAGGCGGCAAGCAUUAGACCACCGCCGGGUCCCUGUAAGAUCGCCGUCCUCGCGUUGGGUCAGCCGUCGAACGGCCGGCCCGGCCUCGUGCGGAACCGGGGCUGCGGCGCGGCCCGAGGCGACUGGGUCGCGUUUUUGGACGACGACGACGUGUGGGCGCCGGACAAGCUCCGGUUGCAAUUAGAGGCCAUGCGUAAUGACUCGACAAGGUUCUGCUGCACGGCGGCGGUCGGGACGGCCGUGCCGUGUAGAAGGCGCCUGGUCCUGGGCGACAUCAUGCAGCACAACUGCGUGGUGUGCUCGUCGGUCGUCGUGUGUAUGACCGUGCUGCGAAACGCUCAAUUCUUCGGCGACGAGCCGUACGGCCAGGACUGGCGCUGCUGGCAGCGGUGUCUGCAGCACACGGACGGGUCCUACCUGCCCGACGCGCUCGUGCGGCUGAACGACGACGCGUCGGACCUCGACCGGUCCACGGUGCGCGCGGAAGGGCGCCAGGCGCUCCGCGCGGCGAUCGGCGAGACGGCGCCCGCGGCGCUCGCCGCGCAGUUCGCGGGGUUCAUGUGAUAUCUAAGUGAG